CGUGGGGAGCCUGCGGGGCCGUCCCAGCCCCGCCCCGCCCCGCCCCGCCGCGCGGAGGUGACGCUGCUCCGAGGAGAGCAGGGCGGUAGCGUCACCGCGGGCCGUGCCCGGCCUGCUCCUCAGCUCCCGCAGGCCGCAAGCCCCGCCCAGGAAAACUAUGAACGAAUGAAAGCAUUAGUGACUGAACUCCAAGAGCAAGCAGAAAAAAUCAGACUAGGAGGUGGAGAAAAGGCUCGAAAGCUUCACACAUCAAGAGGGAAGUUGUUACCUAGAGAGAGAAUUGACAGACUCAUAGAUCCAGGAUCUCCGUUCUUGGAGUUCUCCCAGUUUGCAGGUUAUCAGCUGUAUGGUAAUGAAGAGGUACCAGCAGGAGGCAUUAUCACAGGCAUUGGACGAGUGUCAGGAGUUGAGUGCUUGGUAGUUGCUAAUGAUGCAACUGUCAAAGGUGGUACCUACUAUCCAGUCACAGUAAAGAAACAUUUACGGGCUCAAGAAAUUGCAAUGCAAAAUCAUCUCCCAUGUCUAUAUUUAGUUGACUCCGGAGGAGCAAACUUGCCCCGCCAAGCAGAAGUAUUUCCUGAUCGAGAUCAUUUUGGUCGCAUCUUCUAUAACCAAGCAGUUAUGUCCUCACAAGGAAUUCCACAGAUAGCAGUGGUGAUGGGAUCCUGUACAGCAGGAGGAGCAUACGUACCUGCAAUGGCUGAUGAAAGUAUAAUAGUUGGCAAACAAGGAACAAUAUUCUUGGGAGGGCCUCCGUUGGUUAAAGCAGCAACAGGUGAGGAGGUGUCGGCAGAGGAUCUGGGAGGCGCUGAUCUUCACUGCAGAAAGUCUGGUGUAACUGAUCACUAUGCUUUAGAUGACAGUCAUGCACUCCAUCUAGCUAGGAGAGCUGUGAGGAAUUUAAAUUACCAAAAGAAAGUUGAUGUAAAUAUAGAACCAUCAGAAGAACCUUUAUUUCCCGCUGAUGAAUUAUAUGGAAUAGUUGGGGAUCAGCUUAAAAGAAACUUUGAUGUCAAAGAGGUCAUUGCUAGAAUUGUAGAUGGAAGUAAAUUUGAUGAAUUCAAAGCUUUAUAUGGAGACACUUUAAUCACAGGAUUUGCUAGAGUAUUUGGUUACCCUGUAGGAAUUAUCGGCAACAAUGGGGUUCUCUUCUCUGAGUCAGCAAAGAAGGGAACUCAUUUUAUUCAAUUAUGUUGUCAAAGAAAUAUUCCUAUUGUGUUUUUGCAAAACAUCACAGGUUUCAUGGUUGGUAGAGAUUAUGAAGCUGGUGGAAUAGCAAAGGAUGGAGCCAAAAUGGUAACUGCUGUAGCAUGUGCCAGUGUACCUAAAAUAACAGUUAUUAUUGGUGGAUCCUAUGGUGCUGGAAAUUAUGGGAUGUGUGGAAGGGCAUAUAGCCCAAGAUUUCUUUAUAUGUGGCCAAAUGCCCGCAUCUCAGUGAUGGGAGGAGAACAAGCUGCAACUGUUCUGGCUACAAUAGCCAAGGACCAAAAAGCCAGAGAAGGGAAACAGUUAUCUGAAGCAGAUGAAGCAGCCUUGAAGGAGCCAAUCAUCAGUAGAUUUGAGGCAGAAGGAAACCCUUAUUAUUCCAGUGCAAGGUUAUGGGAUGAUGGAAUUAUUGACCCAGUUGAUACAAGACUGGUUUUGGGUCUCAGUCUCAGUGCAGCACUAAAUGCACCCACCAAGAAGACAGAAUUUGGAGUUUUCCGGAUGUAAUCUAAGCGUGGAGAUUUCUUAGAAUUACCUGUGCACAAUUUUUAUUACAGCUCAAGAUCAAAUAAACUGAGAAGUCCAGCUAUAUAAACUGAUAUAAAAUAUUUAAUAUACUUUUGAUGGAGAUUGUUUAAUGAUAUUUUUUAUUUAACAGUUCAUGCUGGGUUUUAACAUUUUAAAUAUAAAUCAGAAACAGUAUAUAAUAGUAUUUGUGUAAUUCGGUAGCUUCCAUUUGGGUGAGUAAGUUGUAACUGUUGGCAUUAAGUUAGAUCUGUUUGUGAGAGAAUCACUGCUAUAAUCUGUUAACUAAUAAAACCAAUCCUUAAUAUAAGUUUUACAUC